AUGUCUACCGCCUUGGUUUGUGACUUUAAACAUCUGGCACGCGGUGAUGUCGCGCUGGUCGGCGGGAAAAUCUCGUCCUUGGGCGAGAUGAUCAGCCGUCUCGCAAGCCAGGGCAUUCCCGUGCCGCCUGGAAAAUUGGUAGUUUGUUGGCGGAAUGGCAGGCCGGGCGCGAGACCCUUGCCGAGACGGGCUGGGCAGUCCGUCGAUUGUUCAUCCGCGGCGAGUGGCCGGCUGAUGCGGCGGCCGCCAUCACCACCGCCUACAAGAAGCUCUCGGCCGAGGCUCGGAUUGAUAACCUGCCUGUUGCCGUCCGGUCCAGCGCGACGGCUGAGGAUCUUCCUGACGCUAGCUUUGCCGGCCAGCUGGAGUCUCGGUGUGCAGCAAAUGGUCCGCUCGGAUGCCGGUGGUUCUGGCGUCAUGUUUUCCAUCGACACGGAGAGCGGGUUCGACAAAGUCGUGCUCAUCAACGCGGCCUGGGGUCUUGGGGAGAAGAUUGUGCAAGGAACCGUAAACCCGGACGAGUAUCAAGUCUUCAAGCCGCUUGUGAACGACACCGGUCUGGUCCCCAUCAUCCAGAAGAAGCUAGGCGGCAAGGCGACCAAGAUGGUCCUUGGACGGAGUCGCCACCAGCCCACUCGCAAUGUUCCCACCUCCAAAGCCGAGCGCGCGGCGUUUGUUCUCACCGACGACGAGAUUCUCGCGCUGGCACGCUUGGCUUGCACCAUUGAGAAGCACUACGGCUGUGGGAUGGACAUGGAAUGGGCCAAGGAUGGCAUCACAGGCGAGCUGUUCAUCGUCCAGGCCCGACCCGAGACGGUGCACUCCCGUCAGGACCCUGCCGUCCUCAAAACGUACAGUGUCAAAAAGAAGGGGCGUGCUCUAGCCACGGGUCUGUCGAUCGGUGAUGCCGCGGUGGCAGGCCACCUCUGUCUCAUCGAAGACGCCAAAGACAUCGACAGGUUCAUCGACGGCUCCAUCCUGGUGACGGUGGCAACCGACCCAGACUGGGUGCCCAUCAUGAAGCGCGCGGCAGCCAUCAUCACAGACCACGGCGGCCGCACCUCCCACGCCGCCAUCGUCAGCCGCGAGCUUGGCGUCCCGGCCGUGGUGGGCACAGGCGACGCCACCUACGUGCUGCACACCGACCAGGAAGUCACCGUCUCGUGCGCCGAAGGCGACGUCGGUUUUGUCUACGAGGGCGUUUCCGACAUCACCACCACAACAGUCGACCUCACCGACCUCCCGCCCGUCCGGACAAACAUCAUACCCAAUCUUGCCAACCCCUCCGCGGCAUACCGCUGGUGGCGCCUCCCCGCCGACGGCAUCGGCCUGGCAAGGAUGGAGCCAAAUCGUCAAGCUGACGGUUGGGUACCCCCACAAACCGGAUUACUUUGUCGACAAGCUCGCCCACGGCCUGGCGGCCUCUGCGCGACUUUUUUCCCCAGACCGACCAUCAUCCGGCUCAGCGAUUUCAAGACAAACGUGUACGCGGGCCUGAUCGGCGGCGCUGAGUUUGAGCCUUUGGGAGAAAACCCCAUGCUUGGCUUCCGCGGCGCGUCGAGGGACUACUCCCCGCGCUACCGCGACGGUUUCGCGCUCGAGUGCCGGGCCAUCAAGCAGCUGCGCGAGGUGAUGGGGUUCACCAACGCGGUGGUGAUGGUGCCGUUCUGCCGGACGGUGGACGAGGCGAAGAAGGUGCUGGAUGUCAUGGCGGAGAAUGGGCUGCGGUGCGGGGAGGGAGGGCUGAAGGUUUAUGUCAUGUGCGAGAUACCGUCGAAUGUUAUCUUGGCCGAGAGGUUCACGGAGCAUUUUGACGGGUUUUCCAUCGGGUCGAAUGACUUGACGCAGUUGACUUUGGGGGUGGACAGGGACUCGGGGUUGUUGGCUGAUUUGUUUGAUGAGCAGGAUGAGGCGGUCAAGUGGAUGAUUGCGAGGGUGAUCCGGGUGGCGAGGGAGAGGGGGUCAAAGGUGGGCAUUUGUGAGCAGGCGCCGAGUGAUCACCCAGAGUUUGCGAGGUUUUUGGUCCAGGCUGGGAUUGAUUCCAUUUCGGUGAUUCCUGACAGCUUUCUUGCUGUUAAGAGACAUGUAGUUGAUAGUGAAAGCCCUGAGCAUUCCUUGCGUAGGUAUGUAUGUAAAACAUGUAUAUACAGCUCAUCUCCUCACUUCUUAUCCGUAAGCUCUAUCGUGCUCUUCAGCCGGUGCGCAGACCUAGCAAUGGCGGCAUUCUCGUCACUCCCCAGCGGCAUCUCAAUCGUCUUCAUGAUCCCCUUCCUCCCCAGAACCACCGGCAGGCUGAAACAGCAAUCGAAUUCCGGCUGGAAAUGGCUAACGGGUCUUACCUCCCUCUUGUCGAAGAGGAUCGAAGCGCAGAUACUCGCCACAACAGACCCAGUCCCAAACGGCGUGGCCCCCUUGGUCGUGAAGAUGGUCUCGGCUCUCUCUUUACACUCUUUUGCAAGCUCCUGA